AUGUCGCUUAGGUCUGACUCGGUCUAUAGGGUCGACCUCCAUAGCCAGCAAGGAUCUGAACCGAAUAGACACUCUGGAUCGCCACCCAAGGUCCUCCAGAUUCGGCUCACAGAGCAAGCACUUCAGCAACUCACAAAUGCCUAUUCGAAUGCUGACGUCGGCAACGCGAGCAUUCGAAUAGAUGUCGACCCAACCGAUCCUCUCUUGAUCAUUGGCGAUUCUGAGUUUCCUCUUCACGCACCUCUACCAGCGAGCGGCUCACGAUCAUCCAAUACAACCAAUACCGAAACAGGCGUCACAUCUACAGCACCUCAUGAACUCUACAAGCUUUCCGAAGACGAGUCAACCUUACAUCGUGUCGACACCAUCACCACCAAGUUCUCCGUGAAGCCUACUCGGGAUGUAUCAGCCGUUGCCCAGCGCCUCAAGCAACAGAAGGAGGAAGAGGAGCAUCGUAAAGAGGAAAGGCGUAGAGCUUUGAUGCAAGGAGCAUCCCCCCACACCUCGGCUUCUUCAUCAUCGAGAUCUGGCGUCAAUAAGGCGCUUGCUGGUGUGAGGGCUUCGAGCGGAUCACCUUCCGUCAUAGCUUCGCCGUUGUCGAGACCUAGCAGUUUGAAUAGGCUUUCAGGCCGACGCGAGCCCAAUCUGUUGCAUUCUCCGGCUUUGUCUCGAGAUGUCAGUCGCGAACGUUCUGAGGCAGCUUCCCCCGCACCGGCACACUUGAAGCCGACAGGCGCUUCCUACGAUGCAACUACAAAAGCUCGACGCGCAGAUAGAGCUAUUACCGACUCGCCACAACGUACAAGCCUAAAUCGAACAAAUUACAAAUCGGUUGAACUCGAGGAAGACGGUCAGCUUCCUUCCGAUGACGAUCAGCCCGAGAAAAAGUCACAGCAAUCGUCGCCCGCGAUCGCUGGUUCCGAAGCCGCCUCGAGGAAGCCUUCAAAGCUGACAACUCGUCAACGCCUCGCCAAAGCCACAAAGGCGGGCAGUCGUCUCCUUGCCGCUUCUGAGCGUCGCGCAACACCAGAGAGAUGGACAGCACCAUCAGCAACGCAGGCUUCACCCCCUUCUAAACUCGCGACACCUGCCAAAGUAUCGACAUCAGAAAGUAGUGGUUCCAACCCACUCGCGGCUUCGCUUCAAAGAUCACCAUCGAAAACUAAUCCAGAGGAGACUAGUCCUUCUGCAUCUUCGCGUCGAGCUGCUCCAGCGUCGUCGUCGUACAGAGCCAAUGAAGAGGCCGGGUCCAGAUCGACAUGCCAGGAACGGAAUCGAAGACCGUCUGCCGCGUCAACUGCCGCGACCAACUUAGCUCGAGAGAAGCCUUUGACAGCGGCCGAAAAAUCGUCAGGAGCCUUGCUUUCACGCCGAGCUGAUGAACCGACGCGAAGUGGAAGUUCGUCGACGCCUAAAACGCGUUCAGCAAAAGACUCGAUGGGAUCGAACAAGACAAGUGAGCCCACCGCUGCUGCUGGCGACAGACGAUCUCAAACAUCGGAGAGCAAGACCAAAGCAGACAGCAAUGAGCGAAAAGUGAGUACCAAGCAAGCGGCUCAAGCGGCAGUACAGGUUGUCACGAUGAAGAAAGCCAAGCCCUCCUCUGCAUGCGAAGCCAGGAGCUCGAAAGCGGCUGCAUCUUCGCGACCCUCGAAAAGAUCAGAGCCCGAGUCCUGCGAGCAGGAGCGCUCUGCAAAAGCAGCCGCAUCUAAACGCGAACAGCCUCCGGCCGACAAGCGUGUCUCAACCAGUACCACCUCGUCGUCUUCCACGAAAGCCAACGGAAGCCAAACCCAGAUCGACCGAGCCGACCCACUACCACGCAAGCGUCGGCGUACAGACGAUUUCAGCUCUUCAGAUUCGUUUGCACGCCAUCGCGAAAUACAGCCUUCGACAUCUUCCAGCACAAGCAACCCUUGUGCACAAGAGAACGCAAGGCGGAGAGAAGCGAGUCCAGACGAAUCCUUGCGGAGAGUGGAACCUACCUCGCCUCGAGCCAGUAUUCCUGUGUCAGCAUCAAUGCUGUCUUUCACUUCUGCGUCGAAUCAGUUGCCGACAGUUGCGGAGGAUAGGGAGACGGAGCGGCGCAAAACAGAGUAUCACGAUCGUCGUAGGAAUUGGUCCUGUGACGAAUCGAGGUAUGAAGCGCAGGGAUCUCAAGAACGGGACGGACGCUCACGACGCGAUGACGCGCAAGAACACGAAAGAAGCACAUGUCGAGGCAGGGACGAAGGAGGUAGAGAGAGCAGCGACGUUCAAGGACAACCCUGUGGUUUACCGUUAGCGUCUCCCUCUGCCAAUAUACGAACAGCGUCGACAGAGCGGCCGAUCAAAGGCGUUGGUCCAGGCGCUACCCACUGGUCUGAGCCAUGGCUCGACGUUCGAUCUAAAGCAGACUGGCAUCGUCUAGCACAACGAUUUACUAAAACGCAGGACGAGUAUAUCGUAUCCCGCCAGCGACUCGAGAUCGAAAGCCGACGACUCGAGCGCGAACUGGAACUGGCAACAGAGGAAGAAGAGUUACGUCUGGACACUGAUGCGGGUGCACAAGUACCGGCGGAACAAGGUCUGCUUUUCUCUGCGCACAGAUGUGUGACUACAGGAGAACAGGAGGUGGAGAUAGAGACGGCUAUCAAUACAUCAAUCAACGCGCGCAGACGGCGCACUCGAGUAGUUGAUGCGGAUGAGUCGCCGGAAGAAGGCGAGAUGCGAUCGUCGGAUGACGAGGCUGGCAAGACUGGCGAGGCUGGCGAGGCUGGUGGAGAUGCUGUGGCACGACGCAGUGCCGAAGCGAGCGAUGCGAUGGUGCUUGCGUCUUCGAGGAGGAGUGAGAGUCCGGAAGGUUUGGCUUGGCGAUUCAGCUCACAAGCAAAGUCGUCUUCUAUGGCAGUAGAUGGCAGUGAUGCCGUCGACAGACCGUUGAGCUAUACCGAUCUCACAGAGCGCGUCAAGCAGUUGGGCGAGCUGCAUGGCAGCUUGAGCAGGAUGCAUCGCGUGUUGGUCGAGUUCAAGGGCAAAGAAAACAUUGCUGCGACGGCACAGUAA